CCCCCGGAGUAAGUAAGCACGACAAAUCCACUGAGCCAUAAUUAUGUCCACUAAAUCGUGUACAGUUUGCACAAGCGUAGCGUAAACUUGUACGAUUUCACGCUCACGGCAAUCAAGUACUCGAUGGGAGUCAUUGCACUGUCGCACAAACUACUUUCAUGAAAAAUAAUUUUAGCUUCUUUCAAUCAAGGAUUCUUUAAUUUAACGUGACUCAAAAACAAAUUUACCGUCAGUUUACCUGAAAGCGAAAAACGUCAAUUAGCUAAGAUUAAAGAAGACUUAAUGCGAAGCUAAGGUUGUUUGACUUUGUUUAGUAGAAUCGAAGUGCAAAGUUGGUGCAUGAUGAGAAGAGAGACUGUCAUGGCAGUUGGUCUUAUUUAUUAACGCUGGAAAGUAAGACAUGAAUCAAACUCCUCACUGUUGGCUGUAUUAAGUAACAUGUAUUUAUUUUUAAAAGAAGCAAGCGUCGUAUAACAGGCCCCCCAAAAAUGGAAAAGUUUCGAAAGUGAAUUUUAAGUCUACCAUCCGGAAAUACUUACAUAACAGUGAGUGGAGUUAAGUUAGAGAUUCCGUGCCUUUUGAUAUUAAGUAACAAUGAAUAAAGAGACCGGGUUAGCUCACUGCGUCUCCGGUUUGCUUGCGAUUUAUAGUUCCACUCAGGUUUACUUGUGCUAGUUUUACUCGGGUUUGCCAUCGGUCCGCUUUCAUUUUGUGGUUUGGGUGACACCGUAUUACAUAUAUUUAGGCUUGUAUGUAUAGCAAAAAAGUUCGAGUUCUUCCAGCCAGCGCCCCAAUGGUGCAGUGGAUAAAUUAAUUUAUCCUGAAUCAAAUUUUGUGGGUUCAACUCCCGGUCCGCAUACUAAAAUUUCUUUCUUCUUCUUUAUCCUUCAUGCAAAAAUAAGUAAGUGGGAAAAUGGGUUUCGACAAGACACUGGCCCCCCUACCAACCACCUAUCAAAUCAACGGGAAAAAGAAAAUGUCUAAAAAAUUAGAACCAUCAACUGGACUGAUUUAAGUUCACUAUUAAAGUGCCCAUAACGUCAAAAUUUUUAUUUUCUCAUCUGAUUCUAUAUAUCACCCAAUGAACUGCGAAAAAAAAAUUUCGAUUUGGAUAAAAGGUGAUCUUGGAAAUUUCAGGUAAGCUAAAGCUAAAAUUAUUAAUGACCUUGAGUCGGUCCUAUUGAUAGUUAGAUUGAUUGAUAGUUUUGUGCUUUUUUAAUUUCUUUUUCCCGUCAGUGUGCUAAGAUCUUCCCUGCCAUCCGGGUUCCACGUGAAUCUGAGUUUCAAUUACGUCAUCAGCCAUGUAAACGUCAGCUCUUUUCUCCGGCGCAAUUUUGUUUCCCCGCAGCAUUUCAAGAAGAUAAGUUUACCAAGUUUGACUUGCACUAGAAUUAUUUUUGUCGAGUUAAACAUGUCUUGGCAAACCUACGUGGACAGCAAUCUUGUGGGAAGUGGAAAAGUUCAAAAGGCCUGUAUUUUUGGCUUAGACGGCUCGCCAUGGGCUAGUAGUGCUGGAUUUUCAGUGUCCAAACAAGAAGCACUGGAUAUUAUAAAGAGCUUAAAGGAUGGAAGUGUUGCGGGCAAGAACAUAGCGGGAACCAAAUACAUGAUGCUACGAAACGACACAGAGAAGAAAGCGGCGUACUUGAAAAUGAAAGAGAAGGGAGGAUUCUGUGCUUGUUUGACCAACAAAGCUCUUAUUCUGGGUGGCUAUGAUGAAGGUGCUGGUGGAGCUGGAAAUUGCAACCAGAUGGUGGAAUCCCUAGCGGAAUACCUCGUUGGGACGGGGUUUUGAGUUUGCUGUGUAAGCUUAACUUGAAAACUUUUUAAAGGUUUUUUAAACUUUUUAAAACUUUUUUAACACUUUUUUUAAAACUUUUUUAAAACUUUUUUAAAUACUGAACUAGUGAGAAGAAGUCUGCGAAUUGAACUGAGUUGUCAAAAUUAUUUAAGCUUAUUCCCCGUCGCGUUACAUCGAACUAUCUAGUAGUAACUAUUGAUGAACACAAACCACAAGUGUUUGGCCGGAUUUUCUCCUGUCCGGCGAAAACUUUGUGGAAAUAGCCUCUAGUAUGGCUUAAAUACAGUUGUUUAAUGCAUGUUUGUAAAGCUUGCUGAAGUAGUCUAUGAUAGUUAGACGAAAUGCAUGGAAGAAAAAACAAGUUUUAAAACUUCAGUUUGUAAAGUGCUGCUCACUAGUUUUGUAAUUAAAAAAAAGGUUUAAAAAUAUUGAGGUUAAGUGUACUUUACGCUUAUCAGUAUUUCUGCAUUUUUAGCAGAGGGCCACGAAUAGUAACUUUCUUCUGUCAUUACUUUUAACUACAGACCCAAUAUUCAGAUUAACAAUAUUUUGGCAUAUCUAGAAGUACUGGAAGUAUGCCCAUUUUAUCUCAAGUUAUUGACUGAACUUUUGGCCAAGAAGAAAUGAACGAUUUUAUUGUAUGGAUUUCUGCUUGUAACUUAUCUACAUUCAUAUUUCUGAAAGUGAAAGUAAUAAACAAAAUGUGACCUUGUCGUAGGAACAUCAUAAGCUUCCGAGUAUGUUCUUAUGAGGACUUAUCUUUUUGCGUUGGU